ACAUCAUCAUCGUCAAAUUAUAGGCCAAUAUGCACUUGGCGACUUGGCGUGUAUCAGUAUGUAUGACUCUUUCGCAAUCACACACCAAAAAAUAAAUAUAAAAAUCGAUUAAACUUACACAUAGAUGUGAUCACCAUUACUCCUCAUUUCACCCCUUUAUUUGUCGUCUCAUUUCUCUUCCUUCUUCCUUUGGUAAACCCCUCAAAUAAGCCUUCUACAGUAUUCAAUCCAAUAAAUUGAUCAUCUUGAUUGAGUUUUUAGUCAGUUGAUUAUAGAUUGAGUUACCAAUUUAUCUGUAUUUUAUCAAUCGUGGGUAAUUCAAGGUUCAAUUUUUCUGGGGUUCGAUUAAUUCAGGUGCAUUUGACCCAAUCAUCACUUGUUCUAUCAGUUUUUGAUCUGAUUUUGAGUUUAAUUUGAUGGGUUUUGAUUUAAUUUGGGGAUGAACUACUGUGUUUCUGAUUAAUUUUAGUUUCUGUGAGAAAUUGAUCAUCUGGGGUUGAAUUGAAUUGAAUUGGAUUGAGUUCUUCAGAUGGUAUAUCAAAAUUCUUCUGUUGAUCAAUCUAGUACGAUGACAGUUUCAAUGAGUCUUACUGAUACAUACAUGAAAUCAAAGCAAAGUAAUCAGCUUUCGAAGAAUCGAAAAAUACCCAAUUCAUCUAAUCAUCAGAUUUCUUCAAGUUGUUGUGAAUCUCGUUUUGCUGUUCUUGAUGUGAUUAUGUUGAUUUCUGCAAUUGGGGCAAUAGGGUUUUUGCUGUUUCCAUAUGUUAGUUUUACAUAUAUGAAAGUUGCUGAGAUUGGUGCUUUAGUUUGUUCAAUUCUGAAAGAUGAGAUAUAUGAGAAUCCUGUUAUUUAUGGGUCAUUGGCGCUUAGUAUGGUGUGCGUAGGAAUGGCUGCUUGGGGGAUUGUGAUGUGCACAACUCGAAAGUGUGGGAAUUCGGGUUGUCGUGGUCUUUGGAAGGCUGCUGAAUUUGACAUACAGCUUGAGACUGAGGAAUGUGUAAAGAGCUCGAAUACGAUGGCAAAGGAUGGUGUUAAGAGGGGUUUGUUUGAAUUGCCCCGUGAUCAUCAUCGCGAAUUGGAAACCGAGCUUAAGAAGAUUGCACCCCCAAAUGGAAGGGCUGUUCUUGUGUUUCGUGCUAGGUGUGGAUGUUCUGUUGGUAGGAUGGAAGUUCCCGGCCCGAGGAAGGCUCGAAAGAUCAAGAAAUAGAAUGUGUUUGUACUCUUUUGAUUUCAUGAAUAUACUCAAUAGAAAAGUUGAAUAGCACAGAAGUGUUUGUUUUUAAAUAAAGUUGAUGCUAAUAAGUUGUAAGAACUACAUACAUACAGUUGGUCAUGCUUACAGUGGUAAUAGAACUAUCUUUCGUAAUUUACUUUUAA